AUGGCCACCAACUACACGAGCAACGCCUUUGUCGUGUCUGCCGGCUGCCUUUUAGUUCGACUAGUAGAUGGCGUUGAUCUUCAAUUAUGUAUUCUAUACAACACUACACGGGGGAAAUGGGUGUUACCCAAAGGUCGGAAGGACUGCGGCGAAUCCAUUGAGGCCGCAGCACUCCGAGAAACGUUCGAAGAAACCGGGUACUCCUGCGAAUUCUUGCCAUGCACGAUGGAGACCCGUGCGCCUUUACCUGGUGUUGAUCUCCAUCCAUCCAAAGUCCUCACGGUGGAACACGCAAUCGAGCCAUUCGCCGUGACACAACAGACGAAGAAUGGUGCGAUGAAGUUCAUCUGGUGGUUCAUCGCGCGUCCCACGUCCUCCAAAAAGGUCCUCGGAACUCAAACUACCUCGGAGGCUUAUGAUUCUCACUUCGUCUCCAUCGACGACGCCGUUGGUCGAUUAUCAGACCAGCAGGAUCGAGAAAUAGCAGCAAAAGCGCGUCAGAUCAUCGGAGACACAGCUGGACAAGGCGAAGGGCUGGCGGCACUUUUCCAGGACAACAAUGAUAUGUUGGAUGUACGCGGUUGA